CUCUGUUCUGUCCUCUCCCUGAUCCGUGAUAAUUCCCUUCCCAACCUUCCACGAGAUCUUCAGGUAGCAGCGAAAAUUGGCAAGUUGAUCGAUUUAUCGGCCGAUCAUCGUCUAUGGUGCUACCACCGGAGCAAGCGGCGGCGGCCGCCUUCUUGAACAACGUCAUGGGGAAGCUCUUCCAAGCUCUCGGUUUGGUGGAGACAUACAAGAUGCUGAGGGACCUCGAGCCAGAGAGCGAGUCCCUGCUGCAGGACCUCCGCAUGCUCACGGCCGCCGUGGACGAUGAGCUCACCGGCCCCAAGGGAGACCGCCGCACCGCCGUCGCGCGGGCCUACAGCAGCGAGAUGCGCGCGCUGACGCACGACGUGGAGGACUGCAUCGAGCGGUUCGUGCACCGCGUCACCGGCGGCGGCCUCGAGGGAGCGUCGAGGCUCCGCCGCGCCGUGCACACGGUCGGCAUGCUCCGCACCUGCUACCGGUUCGCCUCGGAGAUCAAGCGGCUCAAGAAGCGCGUGCAGGAGGUGAGAGCCAGGGUGCUCAAGCCACUCGAGGGCGGCGGCGUCGGGGGCCAGCCCUCCGGCUCCAGACCCGCCGCGGGGCCGCGCGCCGUUGAUCACGCCGCGCGUAGCCCCGUGGGCAUAGAGAAGCCCAUGGAGGAGCUCCUCGCGCUGUUGGACUUGGACCUCGACCAACGACAACCGGAGGGCCAACCGCAGCCGCCGUCGCAGGCGCAGCCAAGGGUUAUCGCCAUCGUCGGAUUUGGCGGUGUGGGGAAAACUACCCUCGCGAGAGCCGUGUACGACGCCGCCCCUGUCGCCGGUGCGUUCCCUUGCCGCGCUUGGGUCGCCGUGCGCUCGCCGGAGGACGGCGAUGCCACGGGGAUUCUGGAGAAUAUACACCAGCAGCUUCUCCCGGGGCAGCAGUAUUCAGAAUCUUCGCUCACCAAAUUCCUCAGGGAUAAGAGGUAUUUGAUUGUUAUUGAUGAUGUCGAUGACAUCGAUGAGGAGCAGUGGGAUACCAUAACACCAGCCUUUGAAGGAAAUGGUGAAGGCAGCAGAAUUAUAGUGACCACGACCUUUCGGCCCACAGCUAAUAGACGAAGUGAUGCUAAUGGUUGUGUGUACAAAAUGAGAACUCUUGGAAUGAGAAAUUCUAUGACAAUUGCUCUUCGUGGAAGAUGUGCAGCUGAGUUGAUGCAGGGUUCGGAAACACUCCUGAAGAAAUGUGAUGGUCUUCCACUAGCUCUUGUCAGUGUGGCCAGGCAAUUAAGCAGUGAAGAUGAACCUACGGGCAAAUUCUGCUCAGAAUUAUGCAGCAAGCUGGGUUCUUAUCUGGAACGAGAAGACAGUGAGCCUAACUUUGCAAGACUCCGUGAUGUACUUAUAGAUAACUACACCAGUCUGUCUGAUCUCUCUGUCAGGACCUGCUUGCUAUAUCUUGGCAUGUUCUCGAUCGACCGUCCUCUCAGGAAGAGUGUCAUAAUCAGGCGAUGGCUGGCUGAAGGAUAUGCACGAAGCGAAGACAUUACAUUGAGUGAACAGAGUGUAGCAAAUAGAAAUUUCAAGACAUUCAUUGACCGGAAUAUAAUCAUGCCUGUUAAUAUAAGUAAAAAUGCAGAUGUGAAGACGUGCAAGAUGCAUGGCAUCAUGCACGAGUUUCUGUUGCACAGGUCCAUUUGUGAGAAAUUCGUCAUGUGCUCUCGCACUCCAAGGGAUAAAAUAGUCCGGCACCUCUUUGUCCAUGGUGAUGUUGGCAGUUACACAAACUCCACAACGACCUGGAACAUGGACUUAUCACGUGUACGAUCGGUGACAGUCCGUGGGAGUGGAGGUGGUGCCAUUUCUGAUUUUUGCAAGUACAAGCUGAUCAGAGUGUUGGAUCUUGAAGAAUGCACUGAUGUGAAAGAUAGCCAUCUAAAGAAAAUAUGCAAGCUGUGGAAUCUAAGAUACCUAAGCCUCAGUCACAAAAUUACAAGGCUUCCAAAGGAAAUUGCAAAGCUCAAACUUUUGGAGACACUUGCUUUGAGCAAAACGGUGGUGACUGCGUUGCCAGUGGAAGUCGUCGGGCUUCCCUGUUUAAUUAAUCUGAUUGGAAAAUUUAAGGUUCUGGUUCAAGACUGGAAGUCGAGUGGUGAACUAGAGCAACUGGAAGAAUUGUGCAGAAACAGUAAGCUGGAGACCCUAGCAGGAUUCGUCACUGAUGGGGGGGAGAUACAGGGAUUUCUGCAGCUCAUUGUCCACAUAAAGAACUUGAGAAAGGUUAAGAUAUACUGCAACUCAACUGAGAAUGUUACUGACCUCAGUUGCUUGAAUAAUGAUCUGGUAAAGGCCAUCCGGCAGUACACUAGAGCUCCUAUGGGUGCUGGAUGUGAUCGCUCAAUGUCAAUUGACUUUCAGGGACUGCCUCGAGGAUCGAUGCAUGCUCUACGGGAUCUGUACAAUCAUAGGAUGUCUUUACAAGAAACAUAUUACCUCAGUUCACUGAAACUACAAGGAGACCUAUCAACGUCGCAUGAGUUUGUUGCCAUAGUUUCAGGUCUCACUGAGCUGUGCCUUUCAUCUCCCACUAUGGCACGUGAUCUGCUGUUAUCCCUGAGUGCAAUGCCCUUUCUGCUUUAUCUCACACUGAUCACUGAUGAGAUUGAUGAAGAUUUCGUCAUUAAAGUCGGGACAUUCCAAUGCCUGCGACGAUUGCGUAUUGUUUUGCAACAUGAGAACCCGGUCCUCCCAGAAAUUGAAGAGGGAGCUCUGCCAGAACUUGUGUCGCUUCAGGUUCCCUGUGAGAAUCUAGCUGCUGGUCCUUCCAGCAUUGGAAUUAGGCACCUCAGAAAGCUCCAGGAAAUCGAACUUCAUCCUAAAGUCCGUGAGCCAGCAAGACGAGAAUGGGAAGCAGCAGCAUGGAACCACCCUAACAGGCCGAAUGUUUUGCCUUUCAUCAGUGUUGAUGAUCAUGAUCUUGUGGGCGAGAAGACUACAAACAAUCUGGUUGCCUCAUCAAAGGAAUCAGGACAAGAGGAGGCUGUCGUCCAAGGGCAGCUAGCUGACCAGGCAUCGGAACCAUCUGUGCCACAAAUGCCUCUUUCCACUUGCAACGACUCUGGACUCGGCAACAAAAUGUUAUAUUCUCCAGACCAUGUAACCAUGGAGAAUUCCAUUGGCAUCCAAGGGCGGCCAGCAGAGGAGGCAUCAAAAUACUCUCUUUUGCUGACGGAUCAACAAGGAAAUUAUACUUCUACUGAGUUGGGACACGUCGGUUCUUGUUAUAAUUCAGCCAAGCUGUCCGACUGGGACACGUCGGUUCUUGCAAAGUACUCUGUUAAUGCAAGAAAAGCUAAUGACGGCUGAUAAGCUCCAAAUGAAGAACUGGCCAUGUAAUCCGAUGUGCUAAUUGUGUAAUCUGAUCUAUGCUUACACUGUCCGUUUGCAAGAAGAGUAUGGGAACUGGUGGAUGCAUGGUCAGGAAACAGGGUGCAAGUUCCUGGGCAGGGAAUUGGAAUCUAAGACAUGCGAAACAACACAACCAAACAACAGCGGAUCAUAUCGGCUUUGCUCAUGUACACUGCUUGGAAUCUCUGAAAUGAGCGUAAUCAAAGGGUGUUCCAGAGAAAGGAAGCUGAUCAUAGGCAGGUGAUGCAAUCAUCCGGCAGGUGGUUGAAUUUAGGGUCUUGAGCGUGUGGACGACCAGUUGUAUCUUAAUUAGUUCUAAUGUUAUUUUCUAGAGAGUGUGAGAGUUUAUUGUUUUAUCAUGUAAUCAGAACUAUGUUGUGACUUGCUCGGUUAUUAUUUUUAAAUGACAUGGCAGUGCUCCUGCCCUUUAGUUCG